AUGGAUUCAAUUUUCCCUUCCAAAGUUGAGUACAAACAAAUUGAUACUUUUAUUGCUUUGUGUGACGGACUUAUUUAUGAUACCACUGUUGACGAGAUCAAAGAUGUUAUAGCUCCUGAUUUCCCACAGGAAAAGCUUCAAGAAUAUGUCAAAACAUUUACCAGACCAUCGCAAACACCAGGGUUUAGAGAAGCUAUUUACGACACCAUCAAUUCCAACACCACAAAUGCGUCAAGAUCAUUCGGUAUUUUAUGUAACAUUUUAGGAUCAAGGAUAUUGGCACCUACAUUGACCAACUCAUUGACUCCCAUUAAAGAUAUGACUUUGAAAGAACGUGAAACUUUAUUGGCAUCAUGGCGUGACUCCCCCUUGGCAGCCAAGAGAAGAUUGUUUAGAGCAAUAUGUGCCCUUUCUGGUACAACAAUUGUUAGAUUGGCCAGUGAAUUACAUCUUAAAGCAAUUCAUUUCCCACAAAGAGAUUUGCGUGAAACUGCUUACGAAGGUCAAGUCAUAGAUCCAUUCAGGUACGAUUUUAUGGAGAAACCAAGCUUUGAAGGUGCAGAGAUCUACUUGCCUGACAUUGAUGUUAUUAUCAUUGGGUCUGGUGCUGGGUCUGGUGUUGUGGCACACACUUUGGCCAACGAUGGUUAUAAAACCUUGGUUUUAGAAAAAGGAAAGUAUUUCAGCGCUUCUGAGCUUCAGUUUGAUGACCAUACUGGUGUCAAACAAUUGUACCAAGGUGGUGGCGCAGUUGCUACUUUGAAUCAACAAAUGCUUAUUCUUGCUGGAUCAACUUUCGGAGGUGGUACCACAGUUAACUGGUCUGCCUGUAUCAAAACCCCAUUCAAGGUUCGAAAAGAAUGGUAUGACGAUUUCGGAGUCGAGUUUGCUGCAACUGACUCUUAUGAUAAGGAUCAAGACUAUGUUUUCAAACAAAUGGGCGCAUCUACUGACGGAAUCACGCAUUCGUUAGCCAACGAAGUUAUUAUGGAAGGUGGUAAAAAGUUAGGUUAUGCAAGCAAAGAAAUCAACCAGAACAGUGGUGGACACCCACACCACCCUUGCGGAUUUUGCCAUUUGGGAUGCAAGUAUGGUAUCAAACAAGGUUCCGUUGUCAAUUGGUUUAGAGACGCAGCUGCCAAUGGGUCUAAGUUUAUGGAACAAGUCAGAGUGGUAAAAAUUCUUAACAAAAAUGGUAUUGCAUACGGUGUUUUGUGUCAGGAUGUUGCUACUGGUGUAAACUUUACCAUUACUGGUCCUAAAAAGUAUGUUGUUUCUGCUGGUUCCUUGAAUACUCCAACAGUAUUGGCCAAUUCUGGAUUUAAGAACAAAAAUAUCGGUAGAAACUUGACGUUGCAUCCAGUAACUACUGUUUUUGGUGAUUUCGGGCGAGAAGUACAAGCUGACCAUUUCCACAACUCUAUUAUGACAGCAGUAUGUACCCAAGUUGAUGAUUUGGAUGGCAGGGCCCACGGAGCAAAGAUCGAGACCAUUUUGAACGCCCCAUUUUUGCAAGCUGCUUUCUUACCAUGGAGAGGAAGCAAUGAGUUCAGAAGAGAUUUAUUGCGUUACAACAAUAUGGUUGCCAUGUUACUUAUCACUCGUGAUAGCACUAGUGGUACCGUCAAGGGCGAUCCAUACAGACCGGAUGCAUUAUAUGUCGAUUACACUAUCAACAAAUUUGACCGUAAUGCACUUUUGCAAGCUUUGUUGAUCACUGCUGAUAUGUUGUAUAUCGAGGGUGCCAAGAGAAUUCUCAGUCCACAAUCAUGGGUGCCAAUAUUUGAAUCAAAUGUUCCCAAAGACCAAAGAAGUAUUGAUGACAAGGAUUAUGUUGAAUGGAGGAAAAAAGUUGCUGGUAUUCCAUUUGAUCAGUAUGGUGCUGCAUACGGAUCGGCUCAUCAAAUGUCAUCCUGUCGUAUGAGUGGUAAGGGUCCAGGCUACGGUGCUGUUGACACUAAUGGUAAAUUGUAUGAAUGUUCUAAUGUUUAUGUAGCCGAUGCCAGUGUGUUACCAACUGCAUCUGGUGCAAACCCAAUGAUUUCAACAAUGACAGUUGCCAGACACAUUGGUUUGGGCUUGGCUAAAGAUUUGAAAACCAAAGCAAAAUUGUAG